UAUAAGCAAUGGCAAGAUUUCCCCUGUGUUGAGGUGGAUGUCACAGCUAAAAGCCGGUACCAUUCUGUCGGGAUUUAGAACGUCCCCUGAUUUGCUGAGACGUCAAGGGUUACACCCAACACAUGACUCGACCACAGGCCUAUCCUUGUGCCAGGAGGUCAAGAUGCAAGUAGACGCUCGAGACCUUCGCCAACAUCAGACAGAUGUAGAUGAUCAUCGUUGGUUGAACAUCGCCGUUCGGGUACCUAUACAAAUCUUCACCAAUCUUUCGUCGCCGCCUCUAAUACCUACUCUGCCUAUCCACCUACCCCUCCUUUUAUCAUCAUGUUUUCUUUGUCAAAUCUACAGCCUCCUUUGCAAUGGCCAUCCCUCUUCUAUCCAUACUUUGCUUUCACGCUUUCAACGGGUUAAGCCAAGCGUCGUUCUUCUCACGCCACACAAAUGCAACAACCCUCAUCCAGCAGAAAAGGCAGGGAACCGUUCUGGUCACCAAAUACUUCACCCUUUUCUCAACAAGCAACCCCUCGAGCAUUCGGACAGCCAACACUGGUUUCGAUUGCCGCGUCGAUUUGAUCCACGACCUCUGGGGUUUCUGUCCGACCUCUGUCAUCUCAGCCACUGACUGCGGCCUGGCAGGCAGCUGUGUUGACAAGCAUGGCUGUUCUGUAGGAUGCGGGUCUACCAACGCUGCUCUGACAACAUUUACUUGCUCUGGUGCCUUGGCGCCAUUUUGCUCUACAGCGCUGCUUACUCUCCCCAACAACGUUGGUCCAUUUACCUAUCUGGCAUGCGGGAAGGGUCCCAGUACCGACAACUAUUUCGCGUUCACGACAAGAGGUGAAACCACUACCAUUUCGACUAUGUCUAUGACUAGACUGCUUCAAGAUACGUCGACGUCGGCUAGCUCCGCUAUCCUCCCUACGCUGGUUGACUCGUUGACUUCCGAUCCGGGGUUUCCGACCUCUUCAAAUGAAAGGACGAGCCAGUCUAACACGAAAAGUGACGGGAACACCCAGCCAAACAACACUGGUGCCAUUGUAGGCGGCGUGAUAGGCUCCUUCGCACUGCUAUGUGCGUCAGGCAUUGCCAUAGUCUGGCUACUGAGACGAAACCGCAACAAAUCUGCUAUUCCAAGUUCCAAGCCGCAUACCAAUUCUACCCCUGAACAUGUCGAUCAGAAAUCAGCGGACCACAAAGUGGCGACAUGGACACAUUACAACAACGCUGGCUGGGGCCCUCAGGAGUUGCCGGCGCAUCACCAUGGCGCACAGAACACAGACCCCGUUGAGCUCCCUGCGGUGUACCAGCAGCACAGACCAUAAAGCACCAUGAAAUACAAUGUAUAAUGCCU